AUGCGAAAGCAUUUCGUACAAGCACCGACAUCAGAUCGAGUUCCCGAAGGCUCAACCGUUCAAUUGCAUUGUGUGGCACCAGAAAGUGAUCCAAAAGCUCAGUUAACCUGGAUCAAAGAUGGUGUUGAACUGGAGAAAUCGGCCGAUUCAAAUGUAAUUUACGGUAAUGACGGCAGUUUAAUCAUCUCAGCAGCCAGACUUAGCGAUUCCGGCAACUACACCUGUGAAGCAGUAAAUAUUGCAAAUCGACGAUCAACAGAUCCUGCUCUGCUCAGUGUAUACGGUAAGUACUUCCAGCAUCCCUUCACUUUUUUCUCGUAG